CCAAAACCCUAAAACAUAAUAACCAAAAACCCUAAACACAAAAAACCCCCUCCAUUUUUUGCAGCAAAAUCCCGAGUGAAAAUGGCAGAAAUCAGAGCAGAAGAACCAGCAUCAACGAUCUCGAAGACCUUCUUAAUCAAACCCAAGCUAAAAUCCAAGCCAAGAAGCCUACCCCAAACCCCAGAAUCCAAAUACUGGUCUUCUUUCAAAUCCACUAAAAUCCCCAACCUCGUCUCUUCCAUCUCUUCCCUUUCCUUUUCCCCUUCGCCACCCCACCUUUUCGCCGCCGCCUACUCCGCUUCCGUUUCCCUCUUCUCCCCGCUCUCCCUCUCCGACGGCGAUGUUUCACCUUCCUCCACAAUCUCCUCAUUCUCCGACGUCGUUUCUUCUAUUUCCUUCCGUAACGACGGUCUCCUCUUAGCCGCUUCCGAUCUCUCCGGUCUCGUCCAGGUCUUCGAUGUCAAAACCCGGACCCCGCUUCGUCGCCUCCGGUCUCAUACCCGUCCGGUUCGGUUCGUUAAAUACCCGGUUCUCGACAAGCUCCAUUUGCUAUCUGGUGGUGACGAUGCGGUCGUUAAGUUUUGGGAUGUUGCUGGGGAGAGCGUGGUAUUGGACUUGAUUGGUCAUAAGGAUUACGUACGGUGCAGUGAUUGUAGUCCGGUAAGUCCUGAUUUGUUUGUUACUGGUUCUUAUGAUCAUACUGUUAAGGUUUGGGAUGUUAGGGUAGAAAAUUCGAGGUCGGUUUUGGAAGUGAAUCAUGGGAAACCAGUGGAAGAUGUGAUUUAUUUGCCUUCUGGUGGAUUGAUCGCAACUGCUGGUGGGAAUUCAGUGAAGAUAUGGGAUUUGAUUGGGGGAGGGAGAAUGGUUUAUUCAAUGGAAAGUCAUAAUAAAACUGUUACAUCGAUUUGUGUAGGAAGGGUUAGGAAGGAAAAUGAUGGGGCUGAAUCAAUGGAGGAUAGGAUUCUGAGUGUUGGUUUAGAUGGUUACAUGAAGGUUUUUGAUUUUGGUAAUAUGAAGGUUACUCAUUCGAUGCGGUUCCCUGCUCCUCUUAUGUCAGUUAGCUUUUCGCCAGAUUGUCGAACUAGAGUGAUCGGAACAUCGAACGGGAUUAUAUUUGCCGGGAGAAGGAAAGGAAAGGAGAAUGUGGAGAGUGGUAGAGUGGGGAACGUUUUGGGUUUUGAGAGUAUAUCGGAAUCGGAAAGACGGGUAUUGAAGCCUACGUAUUUUAGGUACUUUCAUAGAGGGCAGAGUGAGAAGCCAACUGAAGGGGAUUAUUUAGUGAUGAGAAAUAAGAAGAUCAAGUUGGCUGAGCACGAUAAGUUACUGAAGAAGUUUAGGCAUAAGGAUGCACUAGUUUCCGUUUUAAGUAGGAAGAACCGGGAGAAUGUGGUUGCCGUGAUGGAGGAAUUGGUGGCAAGGAAGAAGUUACUGAAAUGCGUAUCGAAUUUGGAUUCAGACGAGCUUGGUUUAUUGUUAACGUUUUUGAGUAAGAAUGCCACAAUGCCAAGGUAUUCUAGUUUGUUGAUGGGGUUGACGAAAAAGGUGAUUGAGAUGAGGGUUGAAGAUAUCCGAAAUUCGGACGCAUUGAAGGGUCAUAUUAGAAACCUUAAGCGGUCGAUCGAGGAAGAGCUAAGGAUACAGCAUUCAUUGCAGGAAAUACAGGCACUUGGGACUUCCCGAGCCUCCUCGGUGAAUUUGUUCAGUGGGUUGGGCAACCUUCAUCUUCCAUCUCUCCAAACCUCAUUAACAUCAGCCGCUCUUCUCACAUCGGCAUCCUUGAUAUUAAUGUUUGGAAAUAAGUCGAGGAUGGCAUUUGUAAAUUUCUUCUAAGCCCCUAGCCUAUAGAAGGCAAAUAGAUGGAAUGCUUCUCCAAGCCCGGCUACUAUUCGGAAGCUUAGAAAUAAUCCAGAAGCCAAAGAGUUCUUAGAGUUGAGAAUCUUCCAUGGAUAGUUCUUACAUUUGACAUCAGUGGCUUUAAUUAUGAACUCAGAGCACCAAAAAACAUAGAUGCUUCUCAGAACAGCCAAACUGAGCUGUUCAGCAUAGGAUAGAAACUUGACAGCCUAAUUAUUUAUCUUUGCUGAGAUCUUCUUUUUCAACUAGUUCAUAGCAAUGUUGCUUCUUGAAUCUGGUAAAUAAGAAGAAUGGCCAAGUACUUGACAGGUAAUUUCCCCCUCUUUGGG